UAAUAUCAUUCGUCCCACCUCCCCUCCCCUCUGAAGCACACCAAAACGGCAAAACCCUAGCCCUAGGUUCUUUGCCACCGGCGUCCCCAGGCUCAGCGCUUCCGCUUCUUCCUCUUCCCUCUGUCCGGAACCCAGGUAGCUCGGCACGUCGUCCCCAUCCUCGCUGGCUUCUCUGUCCGUGGCUUGGAGCAGCUCGCCAUCGGGUCACCGCUUACCGUCGUCUCUGCUCUCGCCGUCGUGUCGCCGGUUGCCGCCGUGUCUCCGUCGAAGAAAAAAAUUGAUAAAAAAAUUUUAAUUUUUUGGUCUCGAAGAUCUCUGUAGUGAAGCUAGUGGAUCCUGAAGUGAAGGAACGCAACGAUGAGAAAGAAGGAUGUGAAGAAUUGUCUGAUAUAUACCACUUACCGCGGGUUUUCAAGCUGAACUACGCGGAGAUGAUGGAGAAGUUCAAGGUUUGUAUAUAUCCUGAUGGAGAUCCCAAGACAUUUUAUCAAACACCUAGGAAGCUCACUGGGAAAUACGCCAGUGAGAGAUAUUUCUUCCAGAACAUUCGGGAGAGCAGGUUCCGAACCCUCGAUCCGAAUCAGGCACACCUCUUCUUCAUACCAAUCUCUUAUCAUAAGAUGUGUGGCAAGGUAAACAUUUUCAGUGUUUUUUGCUUUUUGCAAUGUCUUUGGAUUAUUUUAACUAACUGUAUUUACAAGAAUGUGUAGCACUUUGUUGGAUAGGGGAGCGUUGUCAUUUUUUUAAGUGGUAGUUACUAUUGAGAUCUGAGAAGGUUGUGGCAUUUGGUUGAUGUCUUAGUGCCACUAGCUGUCUUGUUAUGGUAAUAUGUUAAUAAUGGUAAUGAAUGGUUUUUUAAGGAUUAAUUUGUAAAUAAGGAAUAAGGAUAUGGCAAAGUGUUUGAACUUUGUUUCGGAUAUGCGGUAUUAGCACCGUUCUUCACUUGUUUCUUCAAAUGGGAGGCUGCAAAAGCUGCAAUGCUUGGAAAUUCAUUUCAAAGGAAGCUUACAAUCUUGAGAAAUGGGGGUACUCCACCAGUGGUUAAACCAAAACGAAGACCAUCUUUACAAUAUGGUGAUAAGUGCCAGCGUUCCUCGCGCAGCAUGUCUAUUAGUCCUACUCUUGAACGUGUUCAUGUCAGGGGCCGGUCGCCAGCAUUUAACGCUAUAGCAUCCACUUUUGAGAAGCCUAAAGAUAUGAACCUUUCAAACCCACCUCCAAUUGUGAGAAAAGUGUAUCCAAAAUCAGGGACAGCAAACUUGAAUACUCUUUCUCUUGGUCUUGGAUCUAAGUCUUUAGCCAUAGCUCGGCUUACUUCUAGUUUUGAAAUGCCUUCAAAACGGGGAAAGUUGAUACCUCAGUCGCUUAGAGUGACUUCCAAUACACUCAAAUCAAACCCAAAAAGAAGUGAUAGUGAGGAUUCUAUGAGCAGCAGAUUAGAAUCUCUUACAGAGGAAGAUGCAAAAGAAGGUGAAGCUGACGAUGAUGAAGGACUCCCAGUUUAUCUGUAUGAUAGCGUUAACACAGCUUCUACCAAUCUAGUACCAGACAUUGAUGUGACUAAACGAGAGGUAUAAGUUUUUUCUUAAGGUGAUUCAAAGAUGAUAGCUAAGAUGUUACACAUAUUAUAUUAAGCAGUUUAGUCAAACAUAUUAAACCAUCUAACAGUUCUCAGCUAUCAUCUUCAUAUAAAAUCACCUUCAUCUUAGUCACCUUUUCUUAAUACCUUCAAAACUGUAUUUAUAAGAUUUAUUCAUUUUGGUUCUUACUUGUUUGAACUACAUGCAUGCAGGCUUAUCUGUCAGCAAUAGAGUUCAAAGAAAAACUUGGCAUGACGAAGACUGAAUUUUACAAGUUGCCGAAAUGGAAACAAAACAAACUCAAAGUGACCGUUCAAUUGUUCUAAGGUUUACAUUAUACUUUGCCUCGUGUUGAUUCAAUGCAGUUCAAGUUACAGGUAGAAGGAAACUUUUCCUGUCACUGUCUACAUAUUUUUUAACUUCCACAUUGUUGUCUGUGCUCUUUUUCUUAUACACCUCAGAUAUGCUAUCUAUUAUGUAGUGAUAAACUGGCAUGGAUUGAAAGGAACAUCAUCGGUGUUUUUUUAACAUAGCUGCUUCUGCUCUUCCCAAGAUGGAUUUCAUGAUGUAGAGAGAAACCGGAGAUUUUCCACCAUUCUCCACCUUUAUUUGUAGUGGUUUGAUGAUGUGCAGAGUUUCUUUCUUUGUUGAGAACUGCUUGAGGUUACCUUUAUUGAGUUUUCUCUAACCAUUCUUUCAUUCAUUAUUAAUUUUGGUGAAGCAAUUUUGAGCUUGCAAUAUGAUAAUAUCUUAGGUUGUAUUGAUAAUUGAGGAUAAAAUUUGUACAGCAGAGUGUAUAAACCACUCAAGUUAUUUAUUUUGCAAAUAAAAGUAUCAUCUUUUUCUC